UUUCUCAAUACAGGGCCAGGGGUUCCAGUUGUUAGUGUACACAGUACAAGUAAUACUGAAAAGUUUUAUAUAUUAGAAGAUAAUGCUGUGUUGAAAGAAGCUGUUUUAAAGAAAAAGAAUUCCAGGACAGAAAUUAAAAUGCUUCACAUUGAGGAUUACGAACUCCCUUUACAGUUGUCACUGCCAAAAGAUUUCACGGAUCGAAACCAGUAUGCCCUUCUAUUAAUAAUUGAUGAAGCUCCAGGCAGCCAGUUGGUUACAGAUAAGUUUCACAUUGACUGGGACUCAGUGCUUGUCAACUCUGAUAAUGUCAUCGUAGCUCGAUUCGAUGGUAGAGGGAGUGGAUUUCAAGGCCUUAAGAUCCUGCAGGAAGUCCACCGGAGCUUGGGAUCCGUGGAAGUGAAGGACCAAAUAGCAGCCGUAGAAUUCUUACUGAAACAACCGUUCAUUGAUCCUAAGAGACUGAGCAUAUUUGGAAAGGGCUACGGUGGUUACAUUACUUCAAUGAUCCUGAAAUCCAGUGAGCGGCUUUUCAAAUGUGGGGCUGCGGUGGCACCAAUUACAGACAUGAAGCUGUACGCAUCGGCCUUUUCAGAAAGAUAUCUGGGUCUUCCUUCAAAAGAGGAAAAUACCUAUCAGGCAUCCAGCGUGCUACACAAUCUUCAUGGUUUAAAAGAAGCAAAUUUGCUAAUAGUUCAUGGCACAGCUGAUAUGAAAGUCCACUUCCAGCAUUCAGCAGAGCUAAUUAAACAUCUAAUAAAAGCUGGAGUUAAUUACACUAUGCAGAUCUACCCAGACGAAGGUCAUAACAUUGCUUCCGAGAAAAGCAAAUAUCACCUUUACAGCACAAUCCUUGGGUUUUUUAGUGCUUGUUUAAAGGAGGAGACACCAAUUCUACCACAGGAACCUGAAGAGGAUGAAUAAGGAAGCCUAUUUGUGUAGUACUGAAGGGGACUUACUUUGCGGCUCAAUAAAACCUUAAAUAAAAGUGACUGUAAGAUUGCAGAUUCUGCAGAAGCUCAAGGGCAGCUAAAGGAUAUCACAGUGGAACAGCACAUUUAGAGACAAUGAGCUAAUAAACUGGAAUUCGAAUACCAAGUCCAAACUUAUUACCAAGGGACAAAACCUUUACCUUUGCGGAAGGUCGACAGUUGGUUACAGUUUCCUGGAAGAACUUAGUUUUGCAUAAAUGUAGGGUUAGUGCAUGUUUGUUAUGUUAAGCCUCACUGUUGGUUCUGUAAGUGGUUGCUCGUUUUUUUAUUUAAAUGCACAUCUUUAUUCAUCAUAAUGCACAACCUCCCGUAAGUAUUAUGGCCACUAAUACUUUAAAAGGUGAGCUGCAACCUAACACUUCACUGUAAUGUUACAAGAAGUGCAAUUCUUUCGCUGUCUAUUACACAUAAGAAACCAUGGAGUUAAUAAAGGGCACGAUAUUUUCUGUAGUUUCUGCUCAAAGGAGAAAUAUUGUCCAGUGCAUCAUAUAACAUCUAUAUUGAAAACGAUUUUUUUUUUUCACUUUUAGCAUUUACUAUUAUUACUGUACCUACUAGUAACCAAUAGGGGAUAUUUUGAUAGUGUACUCUUGGUCUUAAUGUAUAUACACGAGACUCCCUAAGCAGAAAAUCUUUCUGAGUUUGAACAGUUUUUUCACGACGUAAUUAACAGCUGUAUUUAAAAUAAUAUCUGCAAUUGAAAAUUUUUCCCAAUCCAAAAUGUAUCUAUUCGUUCCUUAAAAUAUUUUUGGGUUGUGCUUUGGUAUUGUUUAUAGUAGUUAAUAGUUUGCUGGUUACACUCUAAUUUUAGAAUAUGCUAAUUUGUCACAUGUAAAUUAGAUACAUAAAUAUUAUAGUUUCAGAUAAAGAAAAUUUAUUAACAAUG